ACACAAGUUGUGGAAUAAGUAAAGAAAUAUCAGUGUUAUUGUGAAUGAUAAAGAAGACGGUAUAGUUCUCGGUUAAAAAUUGGCAAAAAAUAUUGAUUGAAAUCUAAAUAAGCUCUUAGAGAUGAAGUUAUACGUAAGAAUCAUCUGGAAGAAAUACUAAUAAAAUAGGCAGUGGAUUACCUACACCGGUGUGAUUUGUUAUAGUUCAUCAAUUGUUUAUUAUUGAUACAAACAAUAGAUGCAGAAGGAAAACAACCAGUGUUUCGUUACGUUAAUUAAUAACAAUACUCGGCUCAUUGUUCAGAUGCGUUCAUUAAAGAAACAUGUGUCAGACAACAGUUCGUGAUAAGAUUCAUUUGGAAAUAAUUCGUUAUGGAUUUUAAAAUUUCCAGUUUUAUGUAAGUAGUUUUUUUUUGUGUUUUGAAUUAGAUACAAAUAGGUAAUCAUGAGGCAAAAGAGGAUGGAAACUAGUUAAAUAAAUUGUGAUUAGUGUGUUCGAUUUAAAUGUGAUUAGAUUAUAGUGAAUGACUAGUGUAUGUUCUCAUAAAAUAUUGUGGUUCAAUCAUAGAUUAGUAUAUGGAAAAAAAUAUUUGGCUUUUUCCUGUUUAUUAUUAGAUGCAUUGUAUAAAUGAUACGAAUACGUGCAAAUAUAUUCAGAUGAAGAUGAAGAUUUGGCUUGAACUUUGCCCUAUUUAUAAUGUUUAAAUUAAGACUCAAAUUCUAGAAUCAUCUAAUCAAGAAUAAUUUAAUCAUAGACCAACCAGACUUAGAAAUAACUUGUAAAAUUCCAGAACACCCUCAAUGAUCAUCAGGCUAUACAUUCUACUAUCAGCCGCAGUGUCUUCUAAAGCUGUCCCAGAGGUCGCGUGCAAUCGAAUAAAAAUUGGAGAAAAUUGGUACGACCGGGACACCCUGUGGGGCAAUAUAGGAAGACCUUACAACCUCAACGUGCAUAGAGGAUCCAAUUCACUAUUCUUCAGCUACUCUCUACCAGAAACUUACUCCGAUGUCGACUUCCAAUUGGCGUACUUCAAUAUUGACACAAGAGAGUACCAAACUAUAGCUGGAAUCAGAGGAGGCUGCUCAGUAGCUAUAGACCAGAUGAAUGAUGAUAUUUACUUGGGAGGCAGCGAUGGAAUCUACAAAUACAACAUGCUAACAAAACUAGCAGAUUUCUACAAAGAAAAAGGAAAGAACAUCUGGUCGUUAUUCUUCAAGAAGAAUUUGUUCUACAUAAGCUAUCCUGAUCAAAAACUCCAUAUAGAAUUCGAUGGAAAAUUUGCCACUGUGAAAGAGUUUGAGAAUUUUGAGAUAGAUUAUUUUCAUGUGAGUAGUGCAAAUGUUAUUUAUUUUGCUAACAAAACUGGUUUAUAUAAAUAUGAUAACGAUAAGAUGGUAGCACAAGUAGUUAAUGAACUUAUUACUGUUAGACAAAUAGUUGAGGAUAACGAGGGAGAUACAUACAUAGUGAGUAAUUUUGGUGUGUUUGCUGACGGGAAAUUUGAAGGUCUAAAGAAGAUUUUGGACAUGAAGAACGUAUACGGUCUAGCUUUUGACAAGGAUAAUAAUUUUAUUUACUCAGACGAAAAGAAUAUUAUUAAGCUUGAAUAUAGUGUAGUUGGUUGUGAUAAGAAACAUGUACAUUGGUAAUACAAUUUUUGUGUAAGUGUC